AUGACAUCGCAAUUCAAAGAUGAAAAAAAUAUCCCUGUUUCAAAACAGGAGUUUCCGGGCAAGGAUAGGGACAUGCCCGAUCCUAAACCCACUCGUGAGGAGCUACCGGAUGCAGGCGGAACAAGCACAACGUAUAAAGCAGCGGAUAAGCUUCAUGGCAAAAGAGCGCUCAUAACUGGUGGUGAUAGUGGCAUAGGAGCAGCCACCGCGGUGUUAUUUGCAAAAGAAGGCGCUGUAUCGACAAUAGUUUACCUACCCGAAGAAGAAAAGGAUGCUCAAGAUACUAAGAAACAGGUUGAGUCUCUUGGGGGAACCUGCCAUCUAUUCGCCACAGAUCUUGCCAAGAGAGAGAAUUGCCAAAAAGCAAUUGACUUUUCCUUGGAAAAGAUGGGCGGGAUAGACAUUCUCUUUAAUAAUGCGGCUUAUCAAAUGAUGGUUGAGGAUAUUCUUGACUUGCCAGAAGACCAGUGGGUUCAUACAUUCAACAUUAACAUGCACUCUUAUUUUUACAUGGCCAAAUACGCUCUUAAGCACAUGCAGCGCGGCGCCGUCAUCAUCAACAACGCAUCUAUAAAUGCGUACAUUGGCCGGCCGGACUUGCUGGAUUAUACCUCUACCAAAGGAGCUAUAAUUUCAUUCACAAGGGGAUUGAGCAACCAGUAUAUCGGAAAGGGAAUUAGAGUCAACGCUGUCGCCCCAGGGCCAGUAUGGACUCCGUUGAUCCCCGCAACCAUGAAUGAAAAGGCGCAGAAAGAAUUCACCAGUCCGAUGGGUCGACCAGCCCAGCCCUCGGAAAUCGCAAGCUGUAUCGUGUUUCUUGCUUCAAUGGAUAGCUCGUGUGUCAGUGGGCAGACCAUUCACUGCAAUGGCGGGACUGUGGUGAAUGGCUGA